GGUCAGAUUAUUUUAUAAAGCAGUAAUAACAUAUAAGCAACCAUUCAAACAGCAGGAGCAGCAAGUGUUUUGCAAAUUGUUGCUACAGCAAACAACCGGAGACCACAUUUACAAACGUUAGGGACUACACAUUUCCGGGUGCAAGGGUACCGCUCCCAUUUUGUAGCUCAGGGUCUGUUCUGCCCUUACAACACGCACCAAUAAGGCAGGAGUAGCGAUUAGGUAAUUCAAAAUUGUCCUCCUCCCUUAACCCAAAAUGGUGAACACGUUCAGCUGUUCAAUGUCAACCUCUCUCGGCGCCUUUUCCUUCCUUUACUCUCCCGAUUCUAGCCCUCCCUGUUUGGUUGCUGUUUUUAUAAGCAUUGCCAAUUCGUCAGCUGAUCCUGCUGGUUCACUUCACAGCCGCGAAGAAACACCAGUGCACGCCCCUACAAGAGUCUGUUAUCAUCCGCUCUAAAAUUUACGUUUCGAAAAUAUUUUCAAAUAACAUUUAUAACAAUAAUAUUAUGCCAUGCCAACAUUUUCAUUCUUCAAAUAUAGGGUUAAUGUAUAGAAACAUGAUAUAUCGAGAAAAUAUAUUUUCAUCAUAAUUGUCGUUCAGCUGAUCAGUAUUAGAAAAAUUCCAUAAACGUUCCUUAGAAUCAAUCAUUGCAGAACAUUAUAAAUGUGAACUAAAAUGUAAUCCAGCAGACUACGUGCCUUGCCUGCUCAAAGGUAGAUUUAAAUAGUCCUUUGUUUACAUGAUGCAGUCCCUCUCUCCGCGGAAGGAGGCUUUUGGUAGAGUUGUGUGAUUCCUACCAGCUGUUUCCCGCCUUGAAAGACAUCCGAUCAGCUGCAACUACACACAUACAAGUACAUGCAGAAGGAGAGAGAAGGAGAGAGAGAGAGGGAGGGAGAUAGAUAGAUAGAGCGCCACACACAACGAGGGAACCCCAUCAGCUGGAAGUAGAGUAACAUUACAACUCCGAGCACUCAGCUACUUCGUGCAAGGAUUUCUAUUAUGAAAUAAUUGGUAGAUCAUUAAGCAAAGGAAUUUGCAUUUGAAGACUGGAACCCUUUUUUUUUUUUUUUUUUAAAUACGAAUUAUUUUGAAACAGGAUUUGGGGGAAUCAAAACUGGAGAGGAAAGCAUGGAGUAUUUUAUGGUACCAGCUCAGAAGGUGCCCUCCUUGCAACAUUUUAGAAAAACAGAAAAAGAAGUCAUUGGGGGUCUUUGCAGCCUGGCCAACAUUCCCUUGACCCCUGAGACGGCGCGUGAUCAGGAACGGCGAAUCCGGCGGGAAAUCGCCAACAGUAAUGAGAGGCGGCGCAUGCAGAGCAUCAACUCAGGAUUCCAGUCCCUCAAGACGCUCAUCCCCCACAGCGACGGAGAGAAACUCAGCAAGGUGGGUCAGAGGGAGGAAAGGAAGGGAGAGAGAGAGCUCAGCAAGGCGGCCAUUUUGCAGCAGACAGCAGAGUACAUCUUCACUCUGGAGCAAGAGAAGACAAGGCUACUGCAGCAGAACAACCAGCUUAAACGCUUCAUCCAGGAAUUCAGCAGCUCUUCCCCAAAGAGGAGGCGUGGGGCAGAGGAGAAGGAUGAAGGGAUCGGUUCCCCGGACAUCCUGGAGGAGGAAAAGGCAGAGGACCUGAGGAGGGAGAUGAUUGAGCUGAGGCAGCAGCUGGAUAAAGAGCGUUCAGUCCGCAUGAUGCUGGAGGAACACUUGCGACAGGAAGAGGUCCGCUGUGUGGUGUUGGGUGGUGCUGGUGGUACUCUGCCUGAACAUGGGUUAGGAACUAACUCCAAGCACCAGGAGAGAGCCAGCACCGCAACCCGAAGCCCACAGGCACGGGCCCCCAGGUCGCCCCCCGCUCCCACCCACCAUGCCACAGUCAUCGUCCCAGCUCCCGCGCCUGCCCCCCUUCCCCAUCACGUGAAUGUGGUAACCAUGGGCCCGGCCUCAGUCAUCAACACAGUGUCCACAUCUCGCCAGAACCUGGACACCAUUGUGCAGGCCAUCCAGCACAUUGAGAGCAUCCAGGAGAAGGUGGGUGAGGAGGAGGAGAAGAGGCGGGCAGUGAUCGUCACCCCAGGCCACGCCCUCACAGAAACGGCGGGGUCAGACACGGCGUCUGACUGCGAGGGGCUAGAGGAUUGCUCACUGCCCUGAGGCAUCCUAUCACCCGCACGGGCUACCCACAAUGCUCUGGUUACAUGGAGAUGUAUUAGAUUGGAUAGACAGAUCAGACCCCCCACACACACACACACACACUAGGAUAGGCUACCGUAACUGGAUGCUUACACACACACACAUGCACUGUCUUCUCUUUCUGUUUCCUUUUCUGCUAUUUUGCUUUUUUUCAAACCGGACAUGAAAGACUUGUUCAUUCAUCAAUAGAAAGGUCUUCUAAUCUGGGUCCUAUUGCUCCAGGAGUCUUUCUGAGGACGGAGGUCUCACACUCCUGCUCAUUCAUCCAACGUGGACUCUUUCUCACCCACUCCGCAACCAACCAAGCAACUUAUGCCUAGCCAGGAAGAGACUGCCCUGGCAUGGGUGGACACCAAUCAGCACCACAACCCCCACACCAGGUGGCCCUACAGGUCCACCAGUAUUAGCACUCAUCUCUCCAGAGCUCUUUUUAAUCUUCCACUUCCUGUCUCUCCACCACAUCUGCCCAGAGGAGCAGCUCCAUGGAGUGAGGAAACACUGUGAGCAUUCAAAGAGACUUUGGAAAUCAGCUGCACCGCACCUGUUAGGCUCCUAAAUAACGGGAAACGUUUUCCGGGAGAUUUUGUCCGAGUUUCACAUUACAGACGUUCCCUUUCGUCUUGUAUUCCGCUAAGCGGACUCCCUGGACGGUGAAUUGCAGUGAUUGACAUGUGGCGACAUAUAAGGCACCACGUUGUUGGAGCUGGAGGUAAUAAACCCAGCUCCAUCUAAGCUUGCUACGGGGAGACAAUUCCCUUGUGUUGUGACAUCACACUCCAUUGGGCUGGGUUCCCAGGAGACACUCAUCUAGGUGGUGCAUUCCCCGAACUAAAAAAAGUAUGUCGGUCCCCUCAGAUAUAAAUCUGUUUCACGAAUUUGCCUUUUUCGUUCAUUGCUUAACACAUUUCGGCAUCUAGCUUAAUGAAUAAGCUAAUCGAUGGGCACUUCUGAGUGAGUCCCAUAUAGUGUUUGUGUAUAUCAUUCAGUGUGUUCCAGCUAUUGUACAUGUUGUCCAGGCUAGUGGUGACAUCGUUUAUCCUUUUUGGAAACAUCUCCCUGUAGCUCGGGCUUUUAGAUCCUCAGUGAUGUUGGUCGACCACACAUUUCGCUCUAUGCAUUUGCUUUUGUUAUAUCUCUGUGUCACGCUUCCAUGUUUGUUUCUGAAUGUUUGCCAUUCUUUAUGUAAGGGUUCUUUCUGAGGUGUUUUGGUCAUGCCUCGUGGCAUUGUCCUCACAGGGACCACAUUUUUGCAUGCAGACGGACAGACAGUCCGGGGCCUUGACGGGCAAGGAGUUAGUUCACAUUGUCAGGUCCUUAAAACGUCUUCAGAUGGUGUGCAGAAUAUGCCCACCUGAAAUGUCCUCUGUCAUAGUUCCUGGGAUGUGGAUGGAGACGGAGGGGCAGCGGCUCGCCUUAACACAGCUGGUAAUGCGCAGGGAGACGCUAGCUACACCCACAGUGAAACCUGAACACCGUCGAAUAUGACGGAUAAUGUAGACCCGUUUCACCCUCCCAAUACGCAAGUGCCGGCAUAUGUUCCACUGCAGUUUGUUGGUUUACAUGAGGAAAUGUAAAGGCUAUUCGGUUUGGACAUUCCAGAACAUUCUACUGUAUUGUUAUGCAUCUUCAACUGGCACCUCGCAAGGGAAAAACCAAAAGUUGUUCUCCCAGGGAUUAUUCUUUGGGCACAAUGCUGGCAAACAGAAAGGAAUCCUGUUGUUAAUGUCAAAUCAUUUGAUGUGAGUUUGUGAGCAUGUUGUUUGAUAUGCCCCUUUACAUAUUGAGGGAGCCCUUUACACUGCUGGACAGACGGCCGUUUCUUAUGAACUCAUCUCUCUUUUAACCUUGCUGGUUUCAACAGUUGAUUGAAUCUGGCACAGUUCACAGCCACUUCGUUGUGAUAGCCCGCCAAACCACACACAUCGCCGGGGAUUUUUGUGUAUCGCCUGGAACCUCUCCACUGUUCACCCAGGAGGCAAACAGACAUGGCUACAGGGAUGCCUAUACCGGUUAGUUGCCAUUAUUUGGGAAUGGCCAGUGAUUGUCGAGGUCUGUCCUCUAUAAACCUUGUGAUAUGGAUCAGAGAGGCGGGGCAGGCCUCAAGAUUGAUUGCUGAACAAAAUGCGCGGAUGUUGUUUUGGUUACGCUUUCUCCUAUGCUUACAGAAACCGUUUCGUACCCUUCUCAGCAACCACAUUGAAACGUUUAUUUUGCUGAAGCCAAGCACUGUCCCAUUUACUUUUCAUGUAUGUUGUUUACCGCUCUUAGAUAUUCUGUAAGAUGCAUACAUGGACAUGACAUUGUGGGGGGGGGGGGGGGAGGUGUAUGAUUCUGAAGCACUUACUGUUCAAUAUGGCUGGAGGGUUCCCCUUAUUAUUUUUUUUAAAGGGGACCUCUCCUCAGCUGAAGCUCUUGAUAUGCUGUGAGAGUAAAACCGCACAGCUGUGUAUCCCUUACUGUCCCUGUGUCUGACCCUUUCAUAUAUCCACUAUAUCCACCAAAUGGACUGAAACAGAGGUACUACCUGAACCAGUCUAAUGAGAAACACGUUUUCCCAUCUCCAUCGCUCUGUCUGUAUUCAACAUGACACUCAUCCUGUCUUCCCUCCCUCAUUCACCCUCUCCCUUCUCCCUUACUUUCCCUCCUCUCUCUCUCUCUCUCUCUCUC